AUGACAGGGAGUAUCACUGGCGGAAUAAGAGUAGAUAAUCCAUUAAUGACGCCAGAGAAGUGCAGUUAUGAGGUUGGGGGCAGCACCGGGAACGCGUGGCUCGGACCUGGGGAGUGGGCGGGUGGCGCCCGUGGGCGGAGCGGCUCGGGGCUGGGCGGCUGGCAGCUAUGUCUGCGGGAGAGGCAGCAUCAGCAUCGCCCGGGAGCGAAGCCGCCAAGACUCCGCCUAACUGACACCCCAACUCCCUCUCCCUUCCGCAGCAGCCCCAAACUGGAGGCGGCCAAGCCCGAGCGCAGCCUCGGCGGCCGCCCCAGCCCCGCCCCCGCCCGCGAGCCCCGCGGAGCCGCCCCGAGCCGCGGAGCCCCGCGCCAGCCUCGGCCCCUCGCCGCGCGCGCCGCGCCCCCGCCCGUGCGCCCGUGCGCCCGCCCCCGCCGGCCGAGGCUGCGCUGCGGGAGGCGGGAGGCGGCCGGCGGCCUGAGGCUCGCCAGGGCGACCCAAACAAAGGCAGCAUCCGGGCUUGGGUGGACGCAAACAACCAUGACAGCCUGGGCACUCGCUCUCCCCGGCACCGCCGCCACCGCCGCCACUGCCGCCGCCGCCCGGAGGGCUCCGCUGUGA